UUGUAGGAUUUAAAAUAGACCCAUGUGUGUUUUAUUUGAAAAUAUUAACUUUUUUUGCCUAAUUUUCUUUAUGAACUCCCUUGAUAUUAUAAUUUAAAAUGCAGCAGCCACAUCGCGCCGGAAAUCUCAAGCAGAGUAACAAAUCACACAAGUCCCGUCAUCGAUCGAAAAGGGGAAUUUCGGCAGCGGUUAAAGGUAAAGUAGUUAAGGAGUUUGUGCGUCGCAAUCGUCAUAUACUAAAGAAGGAGGAAAGGCGUCACCAAGCAUUACAAAUACGUAAAAAUAAACGCGAUGAAGUACUCGCUAAGAAACGUGGACUAGGCGGUAAUCGUAAUCCACCUUUUCUUGUUUGUCUUGUGCCACUGAACGCACAGCUAGAUGUCCAAUCUGCACUGGUUAUCUUGAAGACUUGUUCUGAAGGUGCAAUUGUCAGUCAAUCUCCAAAUGGCAUCCUACAUGUUGGGUUACCAAACUUCAAGCAGCGAUUUUCAUUCAUCUGUCCUGAAAUACACAAUGACUUCAGUCUCAUAGAUGCACUUAAAAUUGCUGAUACAGUAUUAUUCAUCAGUUCAGCCCUUGAUGAGCCAGUGGAUGAGUGGGGUGAGAAGGCUCUAGCUUUGUCUAUGGCCCAAGGAAUGCCUACCCCAGUUGUUGUAGCCAUGGAUAUAGAAGGUGUCCACCCUAAAAAGAGGACAACUGAAAAGCAAAAUGUACAAAAACUAAUAUCUAAAUGGUUGCCAGAAGAAAAGAUUAUGCAACUAGACAAAAGCUCAGAUGGCUUAAAUGUGUUACGUCGAAUAGGUAAUCAGAAACAAAAUGUAAUACAUCACAGAGAAAAAAGACCUUAUAUGCUUGCAGAAGAGGUUGAUUACAUACCUGAUGCAGAAGGUGACUGUGGUACAUUGAAAUUAAGUGGCUACUUACGCGGCAUGCCAUUAAAUGUGAAUGGUUUGAUUCAUAUAACUGGUUUGGGAGAUUUUCAGAUGUCUAGAAUUGAUGGGUUAGAUGAUCCCCAUCCAUUAAAUACAGGCAAAGAAAAUACAAAGAGUGAUACAAUGGAUGCAGAGAUUACUCAAGUAUCAGUCUUACAAGUAGCUGACCCAGCAAAGCAAGAGUCUUUAGUUACUGAGAAUGUUCCAGAUCCCAUGGAUGCAGAACAGACUUGGCCAACAGAGGACGAAAUUAAGGAAGCCAAUAUGGACACGAAGAAAAAGGUUAAAAAGGUUCCCAAAGGCUGGUCAGACUAUCAAGCAGCUUGGAUAGUUGAGUCAGAUGCUGAAGGCGACGGUGAUGGUUCUGAUCAGGAGAGUGAAGAAAGUGACGAUGAUAAAGAAGAAUUCAUGUCCUGUGAGGAAGAUGACUCAGAUCCAGAGGUGGAUGGAGAAGAUAAUGAUUUUGAAUCAGUUGCUGAUUCAGAAAUGGGACCUACGGAUGAGAAAUAUGAUGCAACUAUUGAUUCUUAUGAAGAACAUGAGAUGCUUAAGAAACUUGCUGCAGCUAGGGAAGAUCAACAAUUCCCUGAUGAAGUUGAUACUCCACAGGAUUUUCCAGCAAGGGAAAGAUUUAUGAGGUUCAGGGGGUUGGAGUCCUUUAGGACAUCAGCUUGGGAUCCGAAGGAGAAUCUUCCUAUUGAUUAUGCAAGGAUAUUUCAGUUUGAGAAUUAUGAACGGACAAGGAAGAGGGUUUUCAAGGAACUUGAGGAUAGUUUAAUAAAUAUGUAUGGAUUUUACAUAACAGUACAUGUUAAAGGGGUACGCCAAGACGUAUGGAAGGCGUACCACAAUGCCAAUGCAAAUGCUCCAAUGUCAUUAUUUGGUCUGUUACCACAUGAACACAAAAUGUCUUUGAUGAAUGUUGUGUUGAAACGGACUGGUGUAAGCGAUGAACCUAUUAAAAGUAAAGAAAGAUUGAUCUUCCAAGUAGGAUACAGGAGAUUUAUUGUGAAUCCCAUAUUUAGUCAGCAUACAAAUGGAAGUAAACACAAGUAUGAGAGAUUCUUCCAACCCGGUUCAACAUGUGUUGCUACCUUCUUUGCACCUAUACAGUUCAGUCCGUCAACAGUUUUAUGUUUUAAGGAGAAGAAGAACACAAAACUGCAGUUGGUUGCAUCGGGAGUGCUACAGUCUUGCAACCCCGAUAGAUUAGUUAUUAAAAGGAUAGUGCUUUCUGGACAUCCUUAUAAGGUCAACAAGAAAUCUGCAGUCAUAAGAUUCAUGUUCUUUAAUAGAGAUGACGUUGUAUACUUCAAACCGUGCAAGCUAAGAACUAAGUAUGGCCGAACUGGACACAUAAAGGAACCUUUAGGUACGCACGGUCACAUGAAGUGCGUUUUCGAUGGACAGCUGAAAUCCCAAGACACAGUGCUUCUCAACCUCUACAAGCGGAUGUUCCCCAAAUGGACGUACGAAGACUGCAUUGUUACUGACAGAGAUCGUAAAGGAAGCGACGUGAUGGAGUGAUCUUAUAUAAAAUAAAUAAAAUUACUUAUGUAUACACAA